GCCAGUUAUGUGCUUUGUUGAAGUCUGUGGGAUUACUAAUAAACCAACUAACGUCAAGGACAAGUUUAAAGAGUGAGAUCAGCACAGAAAACGUGGAGCAACAGGAAAGAAAACUCUAAAAUGGCUCAGAAAGCAGGCGAGCGAGACCAGCGUCAACAAAGGGAAAGUCUGGCGCGGUAACGGGAAACAGGACAAGAAGAUCUGACUGACAGCUUUUAUUGCAAUCACUUAUCAUACAAGCAACAAGCAACAAACUGGCAUUGUAUACAUUUUGUUAGGGAAGAAUAAAGUGACAGGAAAAACACCAGCAAAUGGGGGGAAAAAAAAAAACUGGAGCUUGUAAUUAUAGUGUUAGUUGCGUUUAUGUAGCAUUUCUUUUUACUUCAUUGUAAGUUCAAGAUAUAAAACAGAGAGAGCAUGUGCAAAAGAGAGCUCUCUAAAGGUGUGGCGGAGUGGCAGAUAAAACAAAAGGAGCCGUUAACAAGUCAAAGUGAAUGCAAUCUUCGCUUGUUCUGCAGUCUACAAAAUGAAAUAUGGAUUCAGACCUUCGUGUGGGCAACAGAUUUUAAGGUUGUUUCAGGCAUUUCGAAGAAGCUUCAACUGUUUGGACCCAGCAGAAAAUGUCCUCCUUCGGCGGUUUGCCCUCCUGUCAGUCAUCACUUUCUACAUUCUUGGUUCCACACUGUCUGAUUUCCUCUGCCGUGUUUUCAUCAUGCAGUAUAAAUAUACAUUUCCUGUAUUUCUUGCCUUUGGAGAGGUUCUGCUAACUUUGCUUGUUCUGAAGCUAUUAAGAAGAAUGGGAUGGGCCUCGAUGAAGCCGUAUUCCAUGCACGUUGGGGAGCAAUUUCUUGUGCCUUCAAUUUGCUUCAGUUUUCAGGCUGUGUUGGACUUCUGGGCUGUCUGCUAUGUCCACUCCCGCCUCUUCUGUAUGAUCCAGCACCUCAUUCCAAUAGCUUGCCUGGCAUGGGAGUAUAGCCUUGGUAUGCCAUAUGCCUGUUCCUUCAGGGUUCGCCUGCUGGUCAUGAUCAUCAGUGUCUUUUCAUUUCUUCAAGAUAUUCAGAGCCUACAGGAUGACUACCUCGCAAUUGUGUACAGCCUACUAAGCCUUCUCCUUGACAGUCUGUAUCUGCGUUGGCUACAGAUGACCAUACAGAUGCAGUCGCAUUGCAGCACUUCAGUGAUGGAUGUAUACUACACAAUCAUUGUUAACAGCAGUCUAGUGCUUGGUCUCCUCUGGAUUCUGCAAAUGGACUACUCACAGGCUAUUGCCCAGGGCAGCUGGAACAGUCUAAUCUUCAUGGGGUACCUACUUGCAGCGUUAGGCCUGGGAUCCCUGUUUAGAUUCCUGAUCUGCUGGACAGUUCUCAGAGGAUCAGCAAUAACUGCUAGUAUCAUGAAAUUAGCAAAAGAAAACUUUAAUCUAAUAAAAGGCUUGUGGUCCAGCUCCAUGCCUGCUUCUUUAAUCAGCCCCAGUGGGAUGGUUUUGUAUGCAUAUUGGAUCAUAACUGGGAAAACAAAGCUGGUAAUGGACAGCUAACAUCAAAAACAAGAAGAGGUAAAGGUGCCCUUACAGACUCGAAGAUCUGCUCAUCGACAACUGUAAAUGUAAACACAUUUUUGAACUGUAGGCUGUGUUGAAGAUCCUUAAUAUUAAAAAAACACUAUGUGUGUA